CGUCUCCCGUUUAGACUCGGGCACAGCACGCGUGUGCGCGCACGCGCGCGCCAUCCCAGUAGGUGUUUCCAGCUGCCAGCCUCCUUCCUUCAAUCCCAGCCGUUUCGCUCUGCCUCCCAGCUACAACCUCAGCUUGCUCGCAUCAGACGCUCGCUGCAACGGUCGAAGACGGCCGCACCAACAACGAUCGCGAGGGUCUCAUCACCACCGGGAGAGGAACUCGGAGCGAGAAGUGCUUUUCUGACUUUAUUAGGCUUGAUGAACAUCCCGGAACCUGCAUUUCUGCUUGCUUAAAUACAACUCCCGGUUAUCUGCUUAUCAUCCUCAAGGCACUUGGUGGAAGACGAAGAGGGUACUGAAAAGACCUAGUGACGCAAGCGUCUAAAUAAGCGGAUACGGACCACUAUCUUCCGUUCGUUGCCUCGUGCGCUGAGCAGGGCGCGCGCUCGCGUCCUGUUGGCGACCCCGUCCCGUUUAACAGGUGCGCUGGCUGAGGUGGGCCGCCUUUGGUAAACGAGACGCAUUCGCUCUGCUGCUUCUGGAAGCUUUACACCUGGAAGUUUUUUUUUCUCUCCCACUCUAGACAAGUUAAUCAUAACGUAAACAAAAGAAGCAGACGUUUUAUAGUUCAUUUCAAAUAUGUCUAGAGACAGCGUUCAAAUCCCGGACGACCUGGCAUUCGCUAAUUUUAGAAAUGAAUGCAAUUCGGAAGAAGGCUGGAGUUUGACUUACAACAAAUCCGGAAUAACCGUGUGGAUCCAGAUUCUGGAGGUAGAGAGGUCGCUGCAUAAAAUUAAGUGCCGUAUGGUGAGUAAAGAUAUUUCAGCAGAGACUAUGUAUGAUGUUCUUCAUGAUAUUGAGUACAGAAAAAAAUGGGACGCUAAUGUGAUUGAAACCUUUGACAUUGGCAAGCUCACAGUGAAUGCAGAUGUUGGAUACUAUGCAUGGAAAUGCCCCAAGCCUCUGAAGAACAGAGAUGUCAUUACAUUGCGCUCAUGGUUGCCCAUGGGAAACGAUUACAUCAUUAUGAACUAUUCUGUGAAACACUCUAAAUAUCCACCAAAGAAAGAUAUGGUACGUGCAGUGUCUAUACAGACUGGGUAUUUGAUUCAGAGUCAUGGACCUAGAAGUUGUACACUUACUUACCUAGCACAAGUGGACCCCAAAGGUUCCUUACCAAAGUGGGUUGUGAACAAAUCAUCGCAGCUACUUGCCCCUAAAGCAAUGAAGAAGAUCGGCAAAGCUUGCUUGAAGUACCCAGAAUGGAAACAGAAACAUAAUCCUCAUUACAAGCCUUGGCUGUUCCCUGAACAGAGUCGUCUUCCAAGUAUUCCACUUUCGGAGCUAAGCAUCCAGCAUGCAGAUUCGCUGGAAAAUAUCGAUGAGAGUGGCCUCAGUGAGGCUAAAGAUGAACGUGCAGAGGGUAGUGAUGAAGAGAGCACUAAUUAAGAAUCAAGGCCCACGUUUGGUUAUCCAUAUUAUCACACACAUACUUAAGGUUUCUGAAUUCUCACGUUUCCACUGGUUAUUGGCUAUGCACACUUGUCUAUAUCAAUUCAAGACACGCUCCACAGAAUUUUGCUCUUCUCCUCCUUUUAUUUUUCACUUAGUUGAGCUUGCAUGCACACAUUCCAGGUGCACAUUUGCACAGCAGGGUGGCUGCCAUCUUACCUGGAUAAUAGAAGAUAGUUUGUAUGCCGUAGGCCAUUACAUAAUUCGUAACACUGCCAAGUUAAAGCCUCUGUACUAGUCCUGACAUCAUUUAUUUGAGAUUUGUUUCAAAGAAGGCCUCAAGCCGUAAUUCUAGACAUGGGUUUUGAACACAUUCCUGCCUUUUGGUAAGUUGGGAGAAAUUCUAGCAUUUUGUAAAAUAACUGCAGUGUAACCCUAUCACUCCAUCACAACCAAACAUUUUGGGUUAAUUGGCCCAGGUUAGUGUUUUUUAAUGUAUUCAUUUUUUUACUUACCAUAUCAAGAAUCGCUUGUCAUAUUUUUAACUGAGAAGCGUCGCCAGUAAUACUCUUUUCCUCGUUGUUUGAUAUGUAAAGGCCCCUCUUGCUCAGACAAAUCACAAGUGGGUCGUGGGUUAUACAGCAGGUGAGAUCACUAUCAGUCAGGCAUUGCCAUUGUAUUUAUUUUAAGAACAAGAAGCAAGAAUGAAAGGUCCCACCUUGGACUGCUUUUCAUGUUUCACCUGUAUUUGAUAUUCAAGGCUUUGCUGGGCAAACCAAUCACUGGUGUUCCCUUUUGGCAGAGUAUCCUGAUUUUCCUGCCCCUCACUUUUUGAUUAUUUGCCUGGCUGUGUGCAGUGUGUGCUGAUUUGUUCUUUUGAGAAGAUGUUCAGAAGAUGUUUACACAUUUUGGUUUCUGGGAAGCUCUUAACGAUUGUGCUUGUUCCUUGAUUGGAGUUUUGUUUCAGGCCUAUCUUAAUUAAAUGGCCUUUGAGUCUCCUUGCUCUGGGUUCUCGUGUUGAUUUUGAAUUGCUUCUUUAUAUUCUGUUCUUGUAAAACCUGUCCAAGUGGGCUGAAUUUUGAUAAGUGUGGGGGGUGACUGGUCAAAAAGUUUUAGGUGGAGUGUAUGAUAGAGCGCCUUCAAAGAAAAAUGUCUUUUUAUGACUUGUGCAAUGGGGACCUUCCUAAAGUGAAGUCUGAGCUGCUAAAUAGCAAUUACCUCCAAAUGUUUUGAUUGCCUUCCAGACACCGGCACAGAUGACAUUCAUUUGCUGUUUUGGGAUAGAGGAUUCUCAUCUUAGAAUUAUUUCAUUUGACCUCAUUGUUCAGUGUAGACAAGCCAGUGGAGUCAAUGACGAAUUCCAUGAUAAGUCAUCUGUUGAGAUGAAGCCUUCAGACUCAAUGGCUAAACAUGGCAGCAAUAGAACAUUAGAUGUAAACACACAAUUUUAAGGAUUCUGUGAUGUAACAGUAUUUUUACUUUUCACCUCCUGUUUUUUAGAGGCUGAAUCAAUUAUUCCUAAACAGCAGUCGGUGUCUGAUUUUACUGUGAACUGGUGGAGUUGUUGAGAUCUCUGCCAUUUGUGUGAUGUACGGUACGAGGAGUGCUCCAUUGUCACAGUGGAUUGCUCCUCGUUUCAUCCUUGAAUUAAAGCCCACUGUUCUCUUCAGUUUGUGUUGUCCAGCAUUACAUUUUCAGUUGCAGAAUGAAGGAUACAGAAACAACACCAAAUGGGUUCUUGUCAUUUGUGUAAACAAAUCUGCUGAAUUGUGCCUUUCAGGCUGACACUUUUCUCUCCAUUUAUACCUAAUCAAGUCUCAGGAAGUCAAGGGUAGAGGGUCUGCCUCCCUACUGAGCACAGCAUGAAAAGAAGGAAAUGGAAAAGGUUAAGAACCCGCUGCUUCAGUCGCUUCCUCACACGUGGAACGUGGGGUGUCCCAUAGAGUUGUCAUGUUUGCUUGCUUGCGUGUCCUGUCCUGGUUUUCAAAGAAACGCUGGCCUUAAUUUCAAGGGGAUUUAUUACCCAGAUGUGGAUUCUCACUUUAUGCAAACUGAAAAACAUUUUGGGGUGGGUGAAAGGAGGUGGUUUUGAAUGAAAUUUGUAUGAGUGGGAGGCAUCGAGUUCAAGAAAAAUGUUUAGUUUCUGUUAAUGAUGAUUUUAACUCCUAUAUGAUCAGCAGUAAAACUCCUAAAGAGAUUUUGACAAAAAUACUUAAAGAAAUGUGUGAACUCCAAUCAUAUUGUUCUUAAUGUUAGCAGCAUAAAAAAUGAUGAAUAAAAAACAAAUGGUGUUAAGCCAAAGCAA